AUGGGUGAAUAUCUGCUCGUUGCAUUGUUAGACCCACUUUGGCAAAUAGAACCUUCUUCUAUGCCGGCUGUUUCAAAUGACAUGUCAUCUGUCCCCUCAUUGGCUGCUUUAGAUCAUACACAUUUGAAGUGGGACAAGGAGUGGAUGUUCCAUAAGUUACCGAAGGACAACAUUGAAAUUCCGCGCCAUCAUCUACCAGAUCCUGAAGCAGAAGCAAUCCCUGGAACCAGCAAACAGGUUAAUGUUUAUUUGCCUUGCAGUUUUGAAUGA